AUGGACAUAACAAAGAUGGAUAGAUACGUUGGACCGGUAAACCCGGCACACUUCCCUCAACUCACGACAGCGCUAUGUGGUCUAGGCCUUUUCUUCAUGGCAUGGUUCCUUGUGUAUGAGGUGACGUCCAACAAAUAUACUCGUAAUAUUGCCAAGGAGCUGUUGAUUGCCACAAUCGCCGCCUUUUUCCUAGGUUUCGGUUCGCUUUUCCUUCUUCUCUGGGUUGGAAUCUACGUUUAA